GGCGGCGGCCCGGGCUACCCCUCUCCCCCGCCCACCUGACUGGUUGGAGUCGCGGACGCUCGAUGCAGCGUCCUCCCGCCUGAGGACCAGCAAGAAUUGACACUAUGCUUCGUAAAACAAUCAACUGUAGUGAUUUCAAGCCUCAACCUUGGUUUCAGCAGGGUGAUAUCAGUUAUAUACAAAGGGCCCCGUUACUACUGGAUUAUGCAAGUUAUUUGUCCCUGUUUCCUCUUGAGAUAUGACUUAAAUAUCAUUCAACUUGAAUAAUAAAGGAACUGAUUUUUAGAAAGCAGAAUGCCAAGGAAAAGGAAAAAUCUUGGUGGAAGUCCUGCUAGGAAGUCUCUGAAUACAGAGGAUGUUGCAUCCAAUAUUGCUCAUCGUGAGGAGCCGACAACUCUUCCUACAGUACCAUCUCAGCCAAGUGUCGACAAAGAGAAACUCUUAAACAGCUUGUCAGAGAUGUUUUCUGACCUGGAUCCUGAUGUAGUUUAUUUGAUGCUUUCAGAAUGUGAUUUCAAAGUUGAAAAUGCUAUGGAUUGUCUCUUAGAACUGUCCACUGGUGCCAAAGGAAUGUCAGCCUCUAAAAGUUUAAUAUUGGAGUCAGUUGCAACACCGCUUGCUUUUGUUAAUCAGCAUCUUGCUGAAGGAAAUGAAAUGAAUGAAAAAUGCCCUCAUGUAGAUGAAGACAGUUCCCAAGCAGCAGAUGUGUUCUCUGAUAUGCGACUUACUGAAGACUUGGAUUCCUUAAUACAAAAUGCAUUUGAGAAAUUGAAUUAUGCUUCUAAUGACCAAGUGUCUACACAGUCACUUUUGCCUUUGGAAAACAAUUUUGGUGGCCCUAGUGACAGUGGAAGGAGUUUUUCUUUGCAAAAAACGGAAAUGGACAGUGAAACAUUUGAAAAUUCUUCUGUGUUAAGUUCAGAACAUUUAACUUUACAUUCAGAUUUGAGCAAGUCCAGAAAUUGUAAAAAGGAUGCUGGAUGGCCUUUAACAAAUAGCAGUCCUAUGGAUGCCCAGCCUAAUAGCUUUUUCUCUCAACCUAAUGACUCUCUAGUGGUAUAUGUUAACCCCCGUCAGACUCAGAAUGCACUUUCAGAUGCUCAGAAAUUCGGAUGCCAGCCUUCUCAAGCCUGUGUACAUUUGGGUGCGAAUGAAUUAAGAACUGCUAUUAAUCCUCUUGUACAGAUUUCAGACCAGACAGAAGAUGGAGUGGGCACAUGUGGGGAUCAGAAUGGUGUUUCUGUGCCUGAUUUGUUUACACAAUCCAAAGGAUUUGGUUUCAAGCCACAGAAUCAUGCAGAACUACCACCACAGGGAAGUGACUUCAGCUUUUGCCCUGGAAUGCCACCAUUGCCACCCCCACCAGUGCUACCACAACCUUCCUGGAAUCCAAUGGCUUCUGCCUUUGAGCCUUUCCAAGGCAUCCGCAGCUUCAUUGCUCCAGUUGCAGCCAGUCCUCAGCCAGUGAUAUCGGUUUUUGACUACUGUGAACCUGGGAGAGUCUGUGCUUCUCUGCCACCCCCAGUUCUUUUUGGCACCUGGGAUAGAAAUGCUUCGCUGCCAAUGCCAGUGGCAUGGAGAAAUCAAGAUGGAAAUCCUUACCAAGUACAAGAGCCUCCUGCUUCUCAUACUGUUCGAAGAAAAACUCCUUAUGUAGGCCAAACGCUUGUACUACUCAGAGGGCUUCCAGGAUCUGGGAAAUCCUUUUUGGCAAGGAAAUUACUAGAGGAGAAUCCUAAUGGAAUUAUACUUAGUUCAGAUGAUUUUUUUUACAAAAAUGGACAGUAUCAAUUUGAUGGAAAUUUAUUGGGUGAAGCGCAUGAGUGGAACCAGAAACGAGCUAAAGAAGCAUUAGAGAAGAAGGUUUCUCCUGUAAUAAUAGAUAAUACAAACCUACAGGCAUGGGAGAUGAAGCCGUAUAUAAUUUUGUCACAAAAAUACAAAUAUAAAAUUCACUUCCGGGAACCGGACACAUGGUGGAAAUUUAAACCAAAGGAACUUGCAAGGCGCAACAUUCAUGGGGUAACCAAAGAGAAAAUAGCAAGAAUGAUGGAACACUAUGAACGUUAUGUUUCUGUGACACAUGUCCUGGAUUCUUCAGUUCCAGAUAGACCAGAACAUACUGAGUUAAGUGAACCUUCUCAUCAAGAAGAAAAUAUUAGCCUAAAAGACUCAGAUGAUUAUACUUGUUUGAAAGAAAAUGAUCUUUCCUCAUCUUUGAAGCAUUCUGAGAUAAGUGAAGAAAAACUCAAGUUGGUGACCAAUAUUUCUUCAUUUCAAGAGAAUAUGAAGUGUUUUCCUAUUGUAGAUUUAGAAAAAGGAGAACAAGAAGUAAGUGCCAUCGAACCUUAUUUUCAGAAAACUGGCAUUCAGGAAUCUGGAGAGCAUGAAUUAGCAAAUUCUGAAAAUAAAGAAAUAUUAGAUGAAUAUGAUGCAGAGGAAGAAAAUGUAGAUAUACCUACUAAAGGGCGAAGUAUUAAAAUAGAUACACCCAGAUCUGAAGAGAAUAUCAUGAUAAAUACUUCUUUUAGUGAAGGAAACCAAGACAUCAAUAGACUUCCAAAGAAAAUCGAAGUCCAGAGUGAAAACUAUGUACAUAGUGAAAUAUCUGCUGAACCAGAAAUAAAAAAUGAAAAACAGUUCAUGACACAAAACAAUUCAGUUUCAGAAAAAUCCCCAAAGCAUGAAUUACUAAAUUUUUUUGGUGACUGGCCAGUUGAGAAAACAAUGGGUCAGAGGAUCAAGAGGAAUAAAAAAACUGAAAAAACUUCAUCUGUACAAUGUAACAGAGAGUACAAUACUCUUGAAUCAUGCGUGGAAGUAGAUAGUGACAGGCAUGUAAACAUAGCUUAUGUCCAGCAACGAGAAUCAUUAGAAGAAAGUGGAGAGCAUAUCAAGAAUGUACAAUGUAAUGAGGAUCCAGAACCCUUAAGCAGUUGCAAUGAGCAUGAUGCAUAUAAAGGUGAAGAAAAAAAUGUAUCGGAAAUAGUUGAUAUGGGAGAUUGGCCUAUAUCAAAUUCCUUAGCUCAGAGAGAACACAGAUCAAGAAUGCCAAAAACAAAUUUAAGUGAAACUCAGCUAGAGUCUGAAAAUAAUCAGAGUACGAAUGAAACAUCUUUUAAAAUAGCAGAUGUGUUUUAUGGGGUCUUGGCAAAUCAUGAAGACCAGAGCAACUCAACUCAUGAAAAACCUGAAAUUUUAUCCUGUGAACCUAGCAGUGAGAAAAAUCACGAAUGCCAAUUGUCUCUUACUUUUACCUGCAGUGAUCCGGUGGAACCAAAAGUUGCACUUGAAUUUUCAGAAAGGAGGCCUGAAGAAUUAUCUUUUCUAGAUGUAAACAAAUGCUCACAAACUGAACCACAAGAUUUUGCUCUUUUGUGGAAAAUAGAAAAAAAGAAAAUUACCAUUUCUGAUUCAGUCAGGGUAUUAACAGGAAAAUUAGACGGAUUUAAGCCAAAAGAUUUUAAUGUUAAUAUCAAAUCAGAUAUCCAAGAAAUAAUUCCAUAUAGGGUAAUGUAUGAUAAAAGUACAUAUGUAGAAGAAAGUGAACUUAGUAAUGCUGAUGAGUCUGAAAAUCUAAAUACUCUUUGUAAGAUUUUUGGCUCUUUUUCAUCUGAAGCACUGAAAGACUUGUAUGAGCGGUGCAACAAAGACAUUAUUUGGGCAACUAGCCUUUUGUUGGAUUCCGAAACAAAGUUGUGUGAAGAGAAUGAGGAGGAAAGUUUACCAGAAUCAGACGAUGAUACACAAAUCGAGCAAUUUGAUGUAAGUGCAUAUUUGAAGGAGAUUAUCAGCCAUGGAGGGACUUCCAGUUCCAGUAUACAAAAAAAUGGCCAUGGAACUGGCAUGGAUCACAUUGAUACACAGCUUACCUGUGAUGAAGAAAGUAAAAACACUGGAAAAGCUGACAUAAAAGAUAUAAAUACUGAAAAAUCAGAAUUAGUAACAAGUAUUUUAUCUAGUAUUGUCAGAGAAGUAAGACACACCAAUGAAUUGCCUUCUUGCAUCAAUCAGACAAAACUUUCUGGUUCAGAUAACAUCGAACAGUCAGUUUUAGAUCUUUCAAAAAGUACUUUAAAUGAUAUAAACCUUAAAAAUAUGAAUGAAAUAGAUGGGGACUCUUUAGCCACAGAGUUUGGUUCAUGUUCUUUACAGGUUUUGCCUGAUAUUUUGAAAGCUACAUCUGAUACUUUAAAUGAAGAAACUACCAUUAUUGAAUACUUUGAAGGAAAGAAAAAUGAAAAUCUUACAAGAGGUGAUAAGAAAUUUCAGGUGCCUACUGAGGGAUAUAUUAAUGAGGAUAAGCCAGAAAUGGAAAAAAUUGUACGUGCCAAAUCACCAGUCAAGUUGGCAGGAGGAAUUAAUGAUGAAAGUAAAAUACCUCACUGUGAAGUAGACAAAGCUGAGAUUUUGAAUUCCACACCAACGAAACCUAAACCUAUGAAUAUAGACUGUCUGGAGUUGGCAUUACCUCCUGAAUUAGCCUUUCAGCUCAGUGAAUUAUUUGGGCCUGUUGGCAUUGAUUCAGGGUCUCUAACAGUUGAGGAUUGUGUGGUUCAUAUAGAUCUGAAUCUGGCUAAAGUGAUUCAUGAGAAAUGGAAAGAAUCUAUUAUGGAGCGACAAAGACAAGAUGAAAUAUCACAUGUUCUGCAUACUAGAGAUACUUCUGUCGUUGGGCAUUCAAAUCCUGAUACUCCUGAACAAAAGUCAUCUCAACGAACAGGCAAAAAACCGAAGUGUCAAAAUCCAUCAGAAAUGCCACUCUUCAUGGAUCAUUGGAAUACUCAGACUAAAAAAGUUUCACUUAGAGAAAUAAUGUCAGAAGAGAUCGCCUUACAGGAAAAACAUGAUAUGAAACAGGUGCCACUUGUGUUUGAAAAAAAUUGUGCUGCGAAAUUGAAGGAGAAGCAACUCUUGAAGAUGUUCCCAACCAUUAACCAAAACUUUCUGAUGGACAUUUUCAAGGACAACAACUACUGUUUAGAACAGACAGUGCAAUUUCUGAAUUGUGUCCUUGAAGCAGAUCCUGUAAAAACUGUUGUAGCCCAAGAAUUUGUUCAUCAAAAUGAAACUGCCUCUUCUUAUAAUACGCAGAAGUCUAAAGAGAAGAAGACAAAGAAAUCCAAAGAGACAGAAGAUAUACCAAGUGAUCCAUCUUUCCAGGAUUUUGAGUACCCUAAGUAUGAUGACUACAGAGCAGAGGCUGUCCUUCACCAGCAAAAGAGAUUGGAAUGCUACAGCAAGGCAAAAGAAGCUUAUCGCAUGGGGAAAAAAAAUGUUGCCACCUUUUAUGCACAGCAGGGUAGUCUCCAUGAGGAGAAGAUGAGAGAAGCCAACCAUCUUGCUGCUGUGGAGAUAUUUGAGAAAGUCAAUGCAUCCCUACUACCGCAGAAUGUUUUGGACCUACAUGGACUCCACGUAGAUGAAGCCAUAAAUCAUUUAAUAACUGUAUUGCAACAAAAAGCUGAAGAGCAUAAGCAGAAUGGUGGUAAACCGUAUCUCUCUGUCAUUACGGGAAGAGGAAACCAUAGCCAGGGAGGAGUUGCUCGAAUCAAACCAGCAGUCAUUAAAUACCUCACAAGCCACAACUUCAGGUUCUCUGAAAUUAAACCAGGGUGCUUGAAAGUUAUACUAAAGUAAACAGCUGAUUUUUUGUUGUUGUUAAAACUUGUACUGAAACAUUUGCAGCAAUUGAAAUUGACUUUGCGGUUAUACAAAUAUUUCCUUGGGAAUACUUUCCACUUUUACAGCAAAAUAAUUUGUGAUGUUUUUCAGAACUUGAAAGAAUCUUACUUUUUUACUAAGUCUAAUGCCAAAUAUAUUGCCUAUCAAAGAUGAAAAAAUACAGCAUACUUAUUGAUAACACAAUUUUAAAGAAAGCUAUGAUUGAUUACCAUUUAAAAGUUUGAUGCCCCCCUCAAUUCUACUUUCAGAUAGAAAAUAAAAACUUUGUAUUGCUAUUUUAACAUUUACAAAAUAUCUAUAGAUUUCCAUGUAGUAUGGAGAGUACUAGAAGGUAUGGUUCUUGCCUAUCAAAAUCUUGUUUUAAAAAACAAAACAAAACAAAAUGACAGCAAACAUAUUUGAAUUUGACACACAAAUCAAACAUCUUAUUAGUUGUCAUUUUAUCCUUCUAGAUACCAAGAGGGAUAAAAGGGACUGCUGGAGUUUUUUUUUUCCUUGAUUUGUGGGACCUCUCUUGCCUUUUUCCUGUGUAUGCCAUGGGUGAAGAGAGGGUGAGUAGAUAGGUAGAUAGGGACCCCUCCCACCAGUCUUACUCAUGCUCUCCUCUGCACUUAUUUUGAUAAAGGCAGGAACAUUUAAAGAAAUGUUUAGAUAGACCAUGUCAUUGGGACAUAUUCUUUGUUGUUUAAAUAAAACAGGCCCCUUAAAUAUAGUAUCUUCAUUCAAUAUAAGUAUCUUCAUUUAUGUUUGAUAUGGGUAAUGUCUAAAUUGUAGUAGAUUGAAAUCCUGUUAUCCAGCAUAGAUUUAGAAGACAUUCUUAACUCUAAUUUAAAAGAAAACCUUAAAGUUAAAGUUUUAACCAUAUUAAACAUAAUCCUCAAUGUUUUCUCAAAGGAAAAUUCCAUAGAUUUGCUCUGCUCGGUGGACUAGUUGUAUAUAUAUACUUUUGUUUCUUUGUAAUUAUUUUCCAUUAUGCUGCUUUACAAUUUUGAGCUGAGAAAAUUUUAAUGUAAUUUUCCUUAUGGGAUUGACCCCCCAUUAUAACAUCUUUAAAAAAUUAUUGUAGCAUAAUAUAUAGGUUUGUUGUUUUAAAAAUAUAGAAUAAAUUUUUAUAUUUUGGGGGGAAGAGAGUUUGACUCUAAAAGGUAGAAGAUAUUUUCCACAUUUAUUUAGCAAACUAAUUUUUUAGCUUAAAAUAUGAGAUCAGAAAUUCAGGAAUCAUCUUUCAGGUACUAUUUUACUGUAAGAAGUUCCCAAAAUUUAUAACUAUGUCUCCAAAAAGAAGAUACAUUUUAAUAAAAACAGAUCCCAGGAGCAUCUUGAAGUAUUUUUUUAAGAAAAAAUACACGUACUAAAUGCAUGCUUUUUAAAGGGAAACCUUACUUGUGAAGUUGUAUUUUCAGGAAAAAAAAUCUGAGUUUAUGUACAGUACAAGAAACAUUUUUAGUAGUUGCUGCUAAAGUAUUUUUCACAUAAUUACAUUUUAAACAGUUUUAUAAUUUGUUCAAAUCUAAGGAAAUAUUGAUAAUUUGGCUUAUGGUCUUUGUCCUAUGUAAAGAGCUGUAUGUGUAAAAAUAAAACCUAACUUUUUCCAUAAUUACUGCAAAAGUGUGAUUGUUAACAGAAGCAACAAUCUAUGUAUGUUAAUAAGAAAGUUUAAGAGGUGUCUUAAAAAUUUUAAUUGAGAUAUACAGCCAACUGAGUACUGGAGCAUAUGAAGCUUUCCGCUCAGUUCCUCAAUUUUCGUAUUAGGAGACCCAGUGACAAAAUAACUUAGUUGAUCACUUGAGUUGGAAUUAUUCUACUAUGUCUUCACCAUGAGUAGGGGUGUGGACAAAAUGAUCUAAAGGCCACCUAAUAUAUUGAAGUAAAAACCAAAUUGUUAGUACCUUGGGGUUGUACAUUGGUAGCUUGAAUCUAAUACCUUAUUUUUGGUAAAGAUGUUGGGUUUGUUUUUUUUUUUCUUGAUUAUUGAAAAUGCACCAUGAAGUUUUUGAUCAUUGAUGGUUUAUCCAUAAAAAUAUUUUUAUUCCAAACUUAUGCCAUUUCUCCAAUCCUCACUCUCUCCCUCUGGCACACUUUUGAACAACCUCUCUUACAGUUGAUGUGUGCUCAGGAAACAAAAGUUUAAUUAACUUAGGCAAAACAUAAUUAGGGAAAAAAAAUUACUUUUCCCUUCCAGUCAUAAAGUGCAUGCCAAAGAGAAUCAAUUUGGGGAUGAUCUGCUGUUUUAUGUGUUGGUUUAUCUGUGCCACAGUUUAUUGACUGUCUUUAAAAAUUCAUUUUGUAUUUGGUUACAUAUAGAAGAUUUCAUCAUUGAGUGUAACCUUUACCAAUAUUUAACAAGAAAUAGAGGAUAGAAAUGAUUUUUUAAAAAUGGAAAGAACUGACAGGAUAUUUUAGAGUAUUUAUUUUGCUUUUUUUUCCCCAAGUGAGAAAUGAUUGCAUGUUUUAUCAGAAUUUUUCACCAUUGCAUGUUUGCCUAUGUAUUUGUUGUUUUUAGAGCUUUCCCUUGCUGUUAAGUUUGUUGCUCAGGUUGGUAGAAUUAUAAUUUCUUUUAAAAAUAGAGUUUGUAUAGAUUAUGUGAGUGCAUCAUAGGAGUUGUAAAACAUUCUGAAGGCAUAGCUUGUGAUUUCUUUCUGAUAGUCUUUUUUAAUUUAAGUCUUUCCUAUGGUUGGCCACAGUGAUGGUAGCAAAUUUUUGAGGUGGUGGAAACUGGAAACCUUUGAAACUCAGGAAAUUGCUCCGACAAUGUUCUGCAUGAUCUAAAUUUAUGAAAGUGACCACAAAAAUAUGGUAUGCUUUUUCCUAUGUGCUUUUCGUUGGAUAUGGUUCUUGUGCAUUAAUACAUCUGUUUUGCUUUGUGAUGGGGGUAAAAUUUAAUAACUAUUGUACAGUGGCUUAAUCUUUGUUUAUCUUUAUUUACAUGGUGAAAAAAUAGACCUAAAUGUUUGUAUGGUAUAAAGUGUCAUUAAAAGAUCUAAUAAGAGUCUACAUAGUCUAUGUUAAUGGUGCUUGUAUAUCCUUUAAAUGUAAUUCAGGUUCACAGAGUAUUAACACAGAAUUAAUGAAGAACAAGACUAGAACCACGUCAGUAUCUCAACCUUUGUAUGCCUUCAUGUUGGUUGCCAAGUUUUGUUUUCAUUCUUCUAAACAUGAACUUUGGAUUCUGUGUCAAGUAAUGAGCCUGCUAUUGAUGAGUAAUUGAAAUAACUGUGAAAAUUCUCAUUGAAAUACAACAUUGCAGCUAAGGUUAUUAAUAUCAGUUCAUUGGAGAACAUAAUUUAAUUUUUCAGGCAGUAUAUCAGAAACUGUAUUAUAGAGAAAAGUGUAAUUUUGUUGUUAACUAUGUAAUUUUUUAAUUG